GGUUACCAAGGGUGCUGCUGAGGAAAUGUUACCGCCUUCUCACCACACUUUUGACAUCAAGCUGGAGAAGGAUGUACGCCAGGUCCAUCGUACCAUCCAGAGGAUACUUUCUGCCUAUAAGGACGAGAAACGAGGACCAACAUUUAUAGCCAUUCAGUCGCCUCACGAUUUCCAACACCUGACAUCCAGUAUGCCUGGUCUCCAAGACUUUCCACUGGUACCUGUUCAUAUUUCUGACAGUGAAACUCUAUAUAAUGUACUAGACUGGCAGAGAGUUGGGAGUCGACGAAUGUUACAACACUACCUCAAUGUCGAUAUCAUUCUCCACGCGAUGGUAGAACAAUGUCGUUACCUCCAUAUUCCCAUGGGAAACAUGCCAAAGGACAUCACUCUCUAUGGCUGUGAUUUGUUCCUGGCGCGGCACCUCCAUAAACAUAACCACAUCUUAUGGUGUUCUGUAACCGAGCGACCAGACCUUGGAGGGAAGGAGGCCGAUGACAGCAGGCUGUGUAUGGAACUGGAGGAGAAUAGCAGUGUGGAAUUGAACAACCCAGGCUCCUACUCCAGUGUGUGUGUCGAGUUAGACAUCGCUAGUCUGGCUGUCAAUACUAUUAUAGAGUCAUCCCACGUCAAUGACCAAGAAGGAGCCAGCGCUGUGAGUUUCGACACAAUGCCUCAGUCGUCACUGGAGGAUAUGGUGCAAGGACAAGGUGCUGCCACCUAUUUGGCCAGCUACGAUGAUACUGCGCUCUGCUCCACAACAUUCCGUAUCCUGAAGAGCAUGGUUCAGGGCUGGGUUAGGGAUGUGACAAUGUACGGAAAUGUGUUUGCCGACAACCAGAUCAUUCAUUUCUACAGGUGGCUGCGUUCCACUGGUGCUCAGCUUUAUGAUCCAGCACUGAGAAGAACACUACACAACAUGAUGAAGAAAGUCUUCAUGCAGUUAAUAGCAGAAUUCAAGCGUCUUGGAUCCACCAUAGUGUAUGCCAACUUUAAUCGAAUCAUUUUGUGUACAAAGAAGCGACGCCUGGUGGACGCAUUAUCCUAUGUGGAGUAUAUCACCAACAGUAUUAAGUCCCGAGAGUUGUUCCACUUGAUUGAACUCUCCUAUGAACAAUGCUGGGAAUACUGUAUGUGGCUUGAUCCUGCAAACUAUGGGGGAGUGAAGGGACGUCUUCCUUCAGCAGCAAUGACAGACAGUUCUCAACCCAAUCCCGACCGUGAGGCAGAGCAAGAUAGUGAAGAUGAGGAGGUUAGACAGGAAGAGGAGCAACUGAAUAAAUCGGAUGAAGAGGAUGAGCCUGAGAUUGAGAUGAACUGGAACAUAAUGCAUUUCCUACCCGAGGCAGGAGCCUGCCAGACAAACUUUAAUAUGAUUGUAGCGGGGUACAUCCUGUCGGUUUACACCAAUGUCAUGGACGAACACCAAAGACUUACUCCAGGGAAUACACCAGUCAAACGUCGCCAUAACUCACAGUCACAGUCUCAACAGAAACCACUGGAGACAAGUGCGACCCCAGCCACAGUGACAUUUUCGCAGGAGCUAAUAGCGGGCGAUCUAGCUCAGCAGAUGUUUGCUAUUACACAGAAGAUCCAGAAGAAGCUGGCUGGAAACACUAACAAUGCAGCCAUAGAAUUUCCACAGAGACCUGGUUCUCAUCUACUACUGAAAAACCCCGCCCUGGAGUUCGUCAAGUGUGUUUGUCAGGUGUUGGCCUUGGACUGUAACAUCACACUACAGAUUACAAAACUGAAGCGAGAUCUUCUCAAACUGAUCGGAGUCGGUGAAUUCUCCAGUGAUGCCAAGUUUCUUGAUCCUUGUUUGUCCUAUGUACUCCCAGAGGUCAUCUGCAAGUCGUGUAACCAUGUCCGUGACCUUGACCUCUGUAGAGAUCCUUACCUCAAUCACAACGACUCCAAUGCGGCGUGGUCCUGUGUACAAUGUAAGUCAGCGUAUGAUAUGACAGAGAUGGAACAAUGUCUCAUCGACUCCAUUAACCGCAAGUCUAUGGCCUACAUACUGCAGGACCUCAAAUGUGUCAAGUGUCAAGGGGUAAAAGAGGGAAACAUGACAAAGUACUGCAAGUGUGCUGGAGAUUUCAUCACUACAGCAGCUCUCAAAGACUUUGAGAAAAGGCUGCGUACAUUUAGGGGCAUUGCCAGCCAUUACAACAUGGUGGUGUUGAUGGAAACUGUGGAUUGGAUUAUCAAGAUGAACCCAAGUAUAUCAAGCUGA